AUGACCAAAAAGAAGAAAAAUGAAUGCGAAAACGAAACCCUAGAACCAAAUAUUCAAAUUAGCGUAAGUGAAAAGAGUACCAAAGAAACUAUUGUCAAAGAGAAUUAUUAUCUUAAACAGCUUUUGGAAGAAAAAGAAAGAUUUAUAUAUCAGUUGGUAAAUGAAAACCGUAGACUACAGGAAGCAUAUGACUUGAUUUCUGCCAACAUAGUAGAGAAGGAAUCCGUUGUAUCUACUUUGGCUAUUGUAACUGAUCAACUAGAACAACUUGAGAAAAGAAAGUCAGAGAAUACAUCAUACUCACAAAUUUUAAAGCAAAAUACUCCUAAAAUCAAUAGCAACAACAAGAACAACAAUGACAUGAAAUCCAUAUUAGUUACUCCCGAAAGGACCCAACAUUAUAAUGACACCAGAAAAGACCUAACUAAUAACAUUAAUCUAGCAAGUAUUGAAGUUAAGAUAGAGAAACUUACCUCUAGGCUAGAUGCAUUUGCCAACGUUUCCGGCGGUCAAGGUCAAACGCCGCUGGUGCCGGUACAACAGUCGGCAUUGCCGGUGAUCCUUUCUCGACUGCACAUCGGCCUGCCCGGUGUUGCCAGAUCGAAGUUAAAAGGAUUUAACAGAGAAAAUGUUAUGCAUUUUUUUGAUUUACUGGCAGGAAUAUGUGAUAAAUACAAAAUCAAUGCUACCACCAUCUUUAAUGUGGACGAGUAUGAUUUCUCGACUGUAGCUAAGAAAUGUCAGAAAAUUGUGGCAAAGAGAGGUUCAAAAGCUGUCGGAUCAAUCGCUAGUGGGGAGCGGGGCGUCAACACAACAAUAGCUGCGGAGCUCUUGAAUGCAGCAUAUGGAAAAGCAGCGACCAUUGAGACUGCAAUAAAUGCGUUUAGAUCAUCUGGUGUUUGGCCUGUUAAUAGGCAUGUGUUCAAUGACUCUCAUUUCGUAGCAUCUGAAGUGCUUAGACCUAGUGUAAAUCCGACGAAGCUUCUAGACUUGGAAAUCAGGAAAGUAGUGAUGAUGACGACAUCCCUCUAUCCAUACUAA